AAAAUAAACAAUAUGGAAACCAAUGUAGAUUUCAGUCAGAUAUCUGCCAAAUUGUAUCAAAAAUAUCCGCAGAAUGUGAGAAAUCUGAAGGAUGUGUGUGUGAACAAGACUGUGAUGAAACCGGGGGCGUUUUUUGACAGUCUGCAGAAAAUGAUGGAUGAGGAGGCGGCCACCACCACGCCCGCGAAGGAUCUGGGCUCAGUGGCUGAGUAUGCGGAGCUGUUCAAGACCCUGGAGGAGUACCCGGCCAACCUGCAGAGGAUGCCCAAAAAGCGUGAGCUGCAGCGCACUAAUUCGACUAUUCUUCGAGGAGCGGAUGAGUCCGUGGCCAUCAACACCUCCAACGUUUCUUUAAGCCUAACCCGUUUGGAGGAACAGCGCAGUGCUGUUGAUGUGUACAACGACUUUAAAUCCUUCCAACGGAAACUGACCAAGAUCUACGAUGAGGCCGCGUCAAUUACCUCCACGGAAUCCAUGUACAAACAAAAGCUGGCGCAGCUCCACGGAUUUGCACAGCAGCUAGAAAAGCUAAUGCCUUCAAGUAAUGAGUCCCCGCCCGGUGCUUUUACACUUGAGGAGCACAAGAAACUUGAAACCAUUGCAUCUAACAUGGAGCAGCUGAACUACUUGCGAUCGAAUAGCCUCCAGCUGCCCAAUCCUAUUGAGAUCCUUGCUAAUGGAAGCUUAGCCGCCCGCCCAGAGAUGUUUGUCGAGGUGCUUACCUAUACUCUUCUGCAAAUCAGCAGCUAUAACAUGGUAUAAAAAAGAUUGGAGAUGUUUAGCUCUUACCGUUAAUAUAAAAUAAAAUGUAACAUGGAUAUUUUUGUUUAAAA